AUGUCUGGCGCUGCAGAUCGCGAGGCCGUCUUCCCGACUCGGCAAUCGCUCGGUAUCAUGAAGGCCAAGCUCAAGGGAGCUGAGACGGGCCACAGUCUGUUAAAGAGGAAGAGCGAGGCGCUUACAAACGCAGAGAUCACCCGACGAAUCGAUGAGGCAAAGCGGAAGAUGGGACGUGUGAUGCAAAUUGCCGCAUUCUCGCUGGCUGAGGUUAGCUAUGCAGUGGGCGGCGAUAUUGGAUAUCAGGUCCAGGAAUCAGUCAAGUCAGCUCGAUUUCGGAUACGCACCAAGCAGGACAACGUUUCGGGUGUUCUCCUGCCAUCAUUCGAGAGCUACCUGACAGAAGGCAACAAUGACUUUGGGCUUACCGGCCUGGGAAAGGGUGGACAGCAGGUUCAGCGAUGCAGAGAAACAUAUGCACGAGCCGUGGAAGCUCUCGUGGAGCUGGCAAGUUUACAAACCGCAUUUGUGAUAUUAGACGAGGUCAUCAAGGUGGUCAAUCGCAGAGUGAACGCGAUCGAGCACGUCAUCAUCCCCCGAACGGAAAACACAAUCAAGUACAUCAACUCCGAGCUGGACGAAUUGGAUCGUGAAGAGUUCUACCGCUUGAAGAAGGUCGCCAAUAAGAAGCAACGAGACACUGCCGCUGCCGAUGCCGAGAUGAAAGCGAAGAGAGAGGCAGCGGAACAGAACGAGACAGAUGCUAAGGCGCAGGAUUCGGGCCCUGCAGAUAUUCUGGCUGGGGAGGAUGACGACGACGUGAUUUUCUAG